AUGGCUUCACAAGGUCAAGAGUUCCAUUUCGCUUACUUUUACUGCACUUUCGGCGAUACUGCCUCUCAAGAUCCAGUGAAUAUUCUGGGAUCCUUUGUGGCCCAGCUUUCUGAAUCUAUGCCCUCCAUAUUGGAUACUAUUUGGCCAAUCUAUGAAGAAAAGGCCAAAAGUCAAGCACACAGGCACCCGAUCGAUGUUUCUGCUCUCGAGGAUGCCCUCAUCAAGGCUACGUUCAGCGAAAGACCAAUUGUACUUCUCCUUGAUGCAAUUAACGAAAGCUCUCAUAUGGAAGACAUCAAACGUUCUCUAUUAAAGCUCUCUAGCGAAUCUUCAAAUAUCCGUAUCCUGAUGUCCGGUACGGCCGAUGUGAUUUCCAAAGGCUAUGCCAGCAUAGUCAAUAUGAAUGCCAGCAUUAUACGGGACGACAUCGACACGUUUGUACGUUACAGGCUGGAACAUGAUGACAUGUUGAGAAACCUGAGCGCUAAGCUCAAAGAUGAAAUUUGGGGGACCUUGGUCAGGGGCGCCGACGGAUCGUUCCGCUGGGCCCAGCUAUCAUUAGAAAGCCUCAGAACAAAGCGAACUCCCAAGGCAAUUCGAGAAGCAUUACGGACAUUACCCGGCACACUGCGUGAAACAUACGUCAACAUCCUCGAAAGAAUUGAGCCCGAUGACUGGGAGCUCGCCCGCGCGGCGCUUUUCUGGCUCUGUUUCUCCAAGCGAACGCUCACCUUGCGCGAACUCAACGAGGCAGCGGUGCUGGACGAGACAUGCACUGUCUUUGAUGAUGAUAUGGAACUAGUGUCUCCACAGAUUCUGCUCCAAAUCUGCCAGGGACUCAUCACGCAAGACAAGUUUGGAGCCGUGGUUCUGGCCCACGCAUCUAUCAAAGAUUUCCUCACAUCCGAGUGGAUUACUUCUUCCAACGUUAAAUACUUUAGUCUGGACCCUACGACAGCCGACCAAACCAUUAUGCGCCAGUGUCUCGCUUACCUCUGUCUGGAGAACUUCCGAUCUGGAGCUACGCCGUCUUUUUAUACUAUCGAGGCGCGCGAAAGGGAUCACCCUUUCUUGGAAUAUGCGGCACAGUUUUGGGCCACACACGGCUUGUCGUGUGAAUUCGAGGGCCAUGAUCGUGAGCUCGUCAACCGUCUGUUUGAUUCCAAACGUCUUCCUAAUCGAGGCAACUUCGGGGUAUGGGUGCAGACACUCGUCAAAGAUGUGAGCUUUGAAAGUAUUCAGUCCACAGAGCCAUUGUACUACGCGGCGUCAUUCGGAUUGGUGCCAGUUGUCAAGGCCAUCCUUGCCUCUGACCCGGAACUCGAUAUCAAUGCUCGAGGUGGACGCUUCGGAUCAACACCUCUGUUUGUUGCAUGCUGGCGAUCAAAUUAUAAAGUCGCGCAGCUCCUUCUUGAAGCAGGGGCAGAUCCAAAGCUUGUGGACAGCUCCGGAUGGACGGUAUUUUCGUUGGCGAAGAUGCCCCAGUUCCAAGAUCUCCAGGCAAUUCUGCCCAAGAAGCAAAAUGGAAGGCACAACAAUCCAGGGGUUUGA